ACUCAUCCGUGUGUCACUGCUGUUCCCUGCUAGACACUGAGAGAAAAGCACAUUCAAACAGCGAAAGAGUUGAAUUGAUAGUAACUUGUUCUGGGUGAUUUGGACUGGAGACAUGACCAAAGAGACUGAGACACUAGGACUGGUCUUUCAAAGUGAGAACUUCAGCUAUAACCAUUACACAAACUACAUGAUGGAGUCCUGGUCCUACCUGGACAACCCUGUUUCUGAACCAAAUCACUCCAAACCCAGACUGCACCCAGAAGACAACCUGGCAGCUCUAACAAUGCUUCAGGAGCAGUGCAGGAGCCAAAAGGUGCAGAAAAUCGCUCCUGGCAACCAUACCAGCAUCUGCAAGCCAAGCGAGAGAAGUCUGACCAACAUCAAUGAGCUUGCUGCACUUGAGUCAUCUCCCAAUGUCAUGAAGAUUCUCUCUGAAAGCGUUCCAGCUUCCCAUCCUCAGGAAGUGUUGGGAUCUAAGCACAUCACCUCCCUGCCCAUUUCCACCUCCUCAGACACAUUUGCCACCCUAACCAGUGUUGUAGCAGACACGUAUGACAAGCAGGAGCUUCACAACAUCUUUGACUCUUUGCUGCAGAAGUGGCCGGAGACCCCAGCUUUCCCUGACCCCACCGAGACUCUUCCCUACAGCGAUCCAUUCCCUGAAAACCACGCCAGCCCGGUCUAUUCGGGCUCAUACACCAGCUCCCCACCAGAGAGAUUCAGGAAUGAGUUCCAGUUUACCAUUGGAGCUCCCGCAGCUUCCUCUCACAAGUCCAGCGAGCUACCUAUGGUGUACAUGAACAAGGGCCAGUUCUACCCCAUCACUCUACAGGGGGUGGACAGCAGUGCCUGCCUCACAGCUACCAAAGUCAAGACCAUGGUAAUGGCUGUAUUUGAGAAUGACAAGAGCCCAGAAAUGCAGCUCCGUUUCUGGAAUCACUGGCAUGCACGCCAGCCAACUGUCAAGCAGAGGGUCAUUGACAUUGCCGACUUCAAAGAAGUGUACAGUGGCAUCAGCAACAUAGAAGAAGUGGCCUUCAAUGCUCUCUCAUUUGUGUGGAACCCUAAUGAGGAGGCCAAGGUGUUCAUCGGGAUUAACUCCUUGAGCACAGACUUCUCCUCUCAGAAAGGAGUGAAAGGCCUGCCGAUAAACCUACAAAUUGAUACUUACGACGUCAGCACAGGAACCAACCAACUCAUACACAGAGCUGCCUGCCAGAUCAAGAUUUUCUGUGAUAAGGGUGCAGAGAGAAAGAUGCGAGAUGAGGACAGGAAGAGAUCUAAGAGAAGGGGAAAGAGCAUUAAUGAUGCAAACAUUAACAGAGCUUUGGUAAACAGCUCCAACAGCAAUGAAAGCACCAUCUUCAAAACCCUGGAUGACCAUAUCACCCAGCCAGUUCUCUUCAUUCCAGAGACACACCUCUCCAGCUUACAGCGCAUGGUCACUCCGAUGGACGAAACUGAAAGAAAUUGUUUCAAGAGGUUGUAUCCAGACAGAGACCAGAGCAGCUCUCCACUCAACAAACAAGCUCGCAGAGAAGACCCACAAAAAGUUCUGCUAUACGUGAGAACAGGCAGUGAAGAAGUAUUCAACGCGCUCAUGCUCAGCUCACCAACCCUGUCUGGCCUACGACAAGCUAUUUCAGAAAAGUAUGGUUUGCAAAAAGACACCAUUGGGAAAAUCUACAAAAAAUGCAAGAGAGGGAUCUUUGUCAACAUGGACAACAACAUCAUUGAACACUAUACCAACCAGUCGGCCUACCUUAUUGAGAUAUCUGAUACGGUCUCCGGCCAGUUCCAAAUCACACUCAUUGAAGUAUAAAAAGUUGUCUAUUGAAGGAUAAACAAUCACAUCUGCCAGAAAAAGACAUCUCUAAAAGCACUGCCCUGUCAGGGACAAUGUAAGCUGUGGACUGCCAAUACCAAGAAGGGAACUGGACUGAAGAGACCUCCCUAGAUUUUCAGAUUUCAGAUCAUUUUAAUUCCCAAUUUUUUUGCAGCCCAAUUCUUUUGGUUUGUUAUUUGAAUUUCAUAUCUUAAUGUUAAAGCAAUUAUGAUGAACAGUCUGUAAAUAUACAUGUAAAUAGAAUUUAAUAUCGCAGUGUUUUAUAAACAAGUUAUGUGCAUGUCGCGAUCAAUUUUUCACAGAUUGCUAUGAAUUUCAAUUCCUUUUUUUAGCUCUAUAAAUGGUCAUAGAAAACAUCAUUUGUCUUCAAAUGAUGUUAUUCUUGCUGCUUUUAGUAUACUUAUCAUUUCCUCUACAAAAUUCAUUGGUGCGUUUUCAUACCCCACAAUCUUAAUUUGUUUUUUUCACUGCCAAAAGUAUCUUCCUGUAGGUUCCUAUUAGUUUCACAACUAAGAUUGAUUAACUUAAAGUCAGACAUUUCCACCCAUGAAACCACACAGGAAAUUAGUUGUAGACAUUUUUUUAGCCCAAAGUUGUGGACAUUUCUAUAUGGUAUAACCACAGAGUUUUUUUUUCCUGGGAACAACUCUGGAGACCUUUUUUUUCAUUUCUUUUUGCAUAACGCAUCAUUUCAAAGCAAAAAUGUAUCUUUUUCUUAUUAUUAUUUUAUUGUUAUACCAUGGCUAGACUGAUCAUUAGUCAUUUAUUCCCUCUUUUGUAAGAAAAUAAAGAAAAUGAAUU